AUGAAGGAGCUGAGUGAGAGAUUGACGGAACUGCGGUCUCAGAAGCAGAAGUUUGUCCGCCAGCUCCGAGACAAGGAAGAGGAAAUGGAGAGUGUGGCGCAAAAGGUGGAGGCAUUGCGACAAGAACUGCGGAAGAUGGAACGGGCCAAGAAGGAGGUUAGUGUAUUGGAUGAUGCAUGCUGGAAAUUAGGACAUGGUACAACUGGUCUCAAAUGCAAAUGUGCCUAA